AUGUUGGCUCUAUUUCCUGAAGUUGAAGAAUCCACUCUUUCCAAAGAAGUUCUAGGGGAGAUGUCGGAAAUAGUUGCCACUGCUAUAGAGGGGGAACCAUGGACUCUCUACUUUGACAAUUCUUCUACAUCGAACGGUGAAGAAGCAGGUGUGGUACUCAUUAGUCCUGAGGGACAGGCCACGACCCUUUCAUUCAAGUUGAAUUUCCCAUGCACAAAUAAUGUGGCUGAGUACAAAGCUUUUGUUAUGGGAUUGUUUACGACAAAGGAGAUGGGCAUAGAGAAGAUUAAAGUCAUUGGCAAUUCAAACUUGGUGCUAAGUCAGUUGCAAGGGAACUUCACUGUGAAAGAGGCAACAUUGGCCCCGUAUCGUACAGCAACUGAAAGGCUUGUCAAUUCUUUCAAGAAAGUUGUGAUGGAACACAUCCCAGGGGUCACCAACAGAUAUGCUGAUGCUUUAGCUACGUUGGGAUCAAAGCUCUCAUUUGUCAAUGAGCAACCCAAUAUUACAGUGAUAAAGAAGGACAUGACAGCAGUCGAAGCAAUGCCUCAAGAGGAGCCACUGGAAGAAAGUGAUUAG